AUGCUUUCAAUUUAUGUUGAUGAUUUGGAUUCGAUCAAGCAACAACUUCCAACAACUUUGGACUUUGGCACAGUGAAUGUGGAAAUCUUGACCGUUUCCGUGACGAAUGACUGGCUUGUGGUGGGCGCGAGUUGUGGAGUGAUCUUCAUCUUCACCCGAUUCGACGCAAAACUAUACAAACAAAUUCGAACCUCUUCAACGGAUACGAUCUCUUGUCUCUCCGUUCUCGGCAAUCAAAUCGCUGUCGGCCAUCACUCGGGCUUGCUCUUUCUCAUUCAUCUACAAACUGGGAAAAGUAAAAAGGUUGACAAAUACACGGAUCGAGAUCAGCACCGGGGUUCCGCUUUGCGACAAGUGAUCUGGUCGACGAAAGAUUGCACAAAGCUUGUCUCAUCUGAUGAAUCAGGAAUCGCUAUUCUGACAAAUGUCGAUUUUCACAAGAAAGCCUACACUCAUUCAUUUCUCUUUUGUGACACCAUUCCUUCAGCAAUUCGAUCGAUUGAUCUUUCCGAGCAUCAGGCACUAAUCUGCGGUGAGAGCAACCAGUGCAGUCUUGUUGUGCUCGAGUCGGCUGAAGUGACACUUGUCGGGGAACAAACUUGCAACUCUUCUCAAGUGAUCGGUGUCGCUUGGCUGAACGAGGAGACAUUUUGCCUUUUACACGAAGAUUUCCGUGUUUUCCUCUACAAAAAGGAAAACUUAGCCACGCCGAUGAGGAUUUUUGAUCUCUUAGAAGAAAUGAAAAGACACUUCAUUGCCGAGAUUUCGAUCAACGGUCAAGUGAUGAGUGCCGGCUUUGAGAAACCGUCGACUUUGAGAUGGCUAACAUAUUCCGAGUCACAUUGUUGCCUUUCAACGAAUCUGAAUCAGCUUUUAUUGUUGCGAAUGAACACUGAAAUCACCGUCGAAAUGGCUUUCUAUCUCGGGGAUUUAAAAAUCAAAGACGCUUCCUAUUUCGACAAAGAGCUCUUUUUAUUGCAUCAAAAUCGAGAUUUGCUAAGAAUCAGCACAAGAAAAGUCACGACGUUUCAAGAAAUGCAAAUGGAUGGUAUGCAAAUGAAUGAUUCAAUUGGACCGAGUCUUUCCUCAAUAGUUGAUUCGACUUCAACGCUUUUGGGAAAAAUGCGGCCAUCAAAAGAUGCGACAGUUAAGGAAACGAUUGAAGAUGUUGCAUCACGUGGAAUGGACGCGAUCUCAACGCGAAUCACUCCAUCACUCAAUCAACUGCUUGACAAUAUGAGGAAACAUGUCGACAACUCGAAUUUUGGAGCUGAAGAAGGGGAAAUCCCGGCUGGAUCGAUGGUGUGCAAGGGGAAAAUGGAUGAAAUCGAAGUCGCUGAAGAUGUAUCUCAAGAAAACGCAGUGUCAGUGCAUUCUCCACAAAGCAACGAUGAAGAAGUGAGGCUGAGAAAUGUUCGAAUGGUUGUGGCCCAGCUCGGCACUGGAAGAAGGCAUUCCCCUGAUCGCUCAUCUCAUCUUUUCUCUUCUUCACCAAAAUCUUUCCAACCCUCACCAUUAGCACAACGAAGAAAGGAUUUGAUCAGCCCAGCUUCUUCAUCGACAACAGAAGACGAGAAAAGUCGACUUGGAGCAGAAAGUGAAGAAGAUGAAGAAUUGGAUGAAGAGAAAGCAUUGAAAUUGAUCUUGGAGAGGACAGCUGUCCCAUCUGGAAGCACGGAUUCACAGACUACUGUUUCACUGGAAAUCCCAGCAGACGAUUCACCGAAGAAACUCGCUCUGCAAAAGGAGAAACUUGAGAAAGCGGUUGUGGUGAAUGACUUGGUGGAUAUUUGGAAUGAGAUCCAACUCCCAUUCACCCCCUCAUCACUCUCGGCGAACAAGACCCAUCUCUUGAUGUGUCAUCGGAAAAAACACCCAAAAUGGGCACCAAUCGAGGAUUUGAAUACGAAGAAGAGACUCGAAUGGAUAAAUGCUAAUUUCAUGGCCGAUCAACUGGAGUCAAAUGAGGACGGCUCGCUGAUCUGGCGAAUCAAGAAAGGAGUGCCCAAAAUGUGCACAGCACUCUCACCUACAGUUUCCUGGAUUCCGGUGGAAAGCUGUAGCAAUGGUGUCUCAGGGUGUGCGUUGGCUGCAAAAGAUGCUUGGUAUGGGACAGAUAAUCGGGUAAUUGCCAUU